UGUGGAGGGGGCCGACGGCCCGGGCGCUGACGGCGGCAGCAGCCCGGGGGGCAGCGUGGACGCUCGCGGCGCCGGCUGGGGUAUCACCGCGGGCCUCGACCCCGAAAUGGCGCUGCUGGCCGAGCACCUCCUGAAACCGCUGCCUGCGGACAAGCAGAUCGAGACGGGGCCCUUCCUGGAGGCGGUGUCCCACCUGCCGCCUUUCUUCGAUUGCCUCGGGUCCCCAGUCUUCACUCCCAUCAAGGCAGAUAUAAGUGGCAACAUCACGAAAAUCAAGGCCGUAUAUGACACCAACCCUGCCAAGUUCCGGACCCUGCAGAACAUCCUGGAGGUGGAGAAGGAGCAGUACGGAGCAGAGUGGCCCAGAGUUGGGGCCACACUGGCGCUGAUGUGGCUGAAGAGGGGUCUCCGCUUCAUCCAGGUCUUCCUGCAGAGCAUCUGUGAUGGGGAGCGAGAUGAGAACCACCCCAACCUCAUCCGCGUCAACGCCACCAAGGCCUACGAGAUGGCUCUCAAGAAAUACCAUGGCUGGAUUGUGCAGAAGAUCUUCCAGGCAGCACUGUAUGCGGCCCCCUACAAGUCCGAUUUCCUGAAGGCGUUGUCCAAGGGGCAGAAUGUGACUGAGGAGGAAUGCCUGGAGAAGACCCGCCUUUUCCUGGUCAACUACACGGCCACCAUUGACGUCAUCUACGAGAUGUACACAAAGAUGAACGCUGAGCUCAACUACAAGGUGUAG